AGAACCAAAAAGUGUGAUUGUUUUUUGAAACGUGCUAAAUUACUAUUUUCAUACAAACAAACUUUUUAAAUAUCUUAAAUAAAGCAUGACGUACUCUGUAACUCAAGAUAACUGCAUACAACUCGUGAUAGAUCUAGAAGCUUUAUUAAAACCGAUAAAUGUAAAUUAGUAUUUUGAGUUUGAUAAUAUGACCAGGAGUAGAAUCGACUACAAAAAAUUAUGUGUAAGACCGUAUAAAGAUGGUUUUAUUUACCCAAAAACAAUUCCAAAGGAAAGAGGACCAUUGACCACUUAUAUUAGUAUUUGUUUGUGCAUCAUUUUAUUUAUCUAUGACGUUUUAUCUAGUAAAAUAUUAUUUAAAGUUAGAUUAAUGGAAUAUAUUUUAUAUGUAUUUUUUUAUUUCUUUCUUCAAAUAUUUUAUCGGAUGAUAUUAGUUUUUGAGGAAUGUCGUCAUUUGAAAUCACGAUAUGAAGGUAGUUGGUUUAUUUUGUUGAGGGAUGCUUUCCAUGUUGAAUAUUAUCAAUACUUACUAAUUCCAAGUAUUGUUUAUGUUGUAUAUUAUUGGUCUACUGAUGGAAUACACGGUAUAUCAGUUUCCUGUAUUCCCGUUGUGGUCAUUUUCCUGCUCGGAAAAAUUCUAAUACUGGAUUCUAGCCCUUUAAACGACUCCUUGUGGGUCGCCGAAAAUAAUGGUUUAGAUUAUGGUUCGGGUAUGGCAUAUUCGUUCUUUCAUGGUUAUUUGAAUUUAGUGCUGCCCAAAUCGGGCGGAGAAGAAAAACACCUCAAAGAACUCAUGCAAGAUUACGAAGAUAAAAACCAUAUAAGAUUCGCCGAAUAUAAAUUAUUCAUAUUGAUACCGAAAUCGAUGAGGUGUUUUGUUAGUUUGAAAAAUGAUUAUUCUCCAUCGAUAGAAGAAAGCACGUCGUUGGAUCCAAAAAUAAUAACAGUGGCGGGUGUACAGAACCGGGUUUAUAAAAAUGCUGUUUAUAAAAUUGUGUCUGGUGGAGUUGGUAGCAAAAAAACUUACAUUUACGUCAGCGCCGAAUAUGCAACUCCAUUGAAAACAUUCAAAGAUGUAUUCGACUCGAGGGGUAUACAUUCAGAAUAUUAUAAUAAACACAACAAGGACAUUAUUUUGCAAUUUUACUUGACUUUGGGUAAAGUAUUGAAGGAGAAAGGUUUAAGUGAGGCUUGCGAAUUGAUAUAUUACGAAGAUUGUUACCAGAAAGAUGGCAGCACUUAUUAUUAUGACGUAGGAGAAAUAAUUCAAGAGAGGUUAAAGUCAUUGAAGGAACUAAAAAAAAAAUUAAUUUAGGUUAUGUGAUAGUUACCAGAUUCGUUUUGUAAAAAAAAAAUAUUGGGUGGGGAGAAAAGUGAAAGUGCCUAUUCAACAAACUGAUUUUUCAAAAAUAUUGUUUUCCAAUUUGAUUUCAUAUUAAUUGUCGAAACGUAGUGUAUAAAAUUUCUUGAAGUAUUUUGAGAUAAAAAUUGAUCGCGUCGGCAACACUGCGAGUAUGGAACACGGGCGUUUGGCCGCGUGUAUGGAUCGUUCUACUUUGACGUCAUGAUGAUCCAAUCAGAAUGUUGUACCAUAUAUGAUUCGUUUUCUAUCUCUAUUAGUAAUUCGAACCGCUCUCUCUAUCGUUAAUAUUAAUUGUAUGAUGAAUUUGAUGAAAUGACAUAGCGAUGUUGUCACGUAUAUUUACGUGAAUUUCUUAAACAUUUUUGGAAAAUAUUUAUUUAAAAUACGAUGAAUAUUUUGAUACAUUUCGUGACAGGGGCUAUUCGAAAUGUACAUUUAUUGACAAAUAUUUUUUUAAAAAUCGCUUAUUUUACAUAACUUAGUAUUUCACGUUUUUAGAUUUGUGCGAGGGCUGUUUAUUAUAUAAAUAUUCUGUUUAUCUGUAUUAUUGUUUUAUUUUCUUAUUUAAAAAUUUUUAUUGUAUCUACCCGUAACACGAAACUAAAUAAAAUAUUUAGAGAUUUAUAAAUCUGCGUAUUAUUUAUUAAAAUUAAAUUAGGGGAG